AUGGGACACAUGCUGAGCAACAUGUCUAACUCUCUGCAUCUGUCUUCCUCAGUGCUCAGCGGCCUCUGCUCCAAUGACUGUCCGGAAGAUGUCAAGCCGUUUGGUGUUAACCAGCCAGGUCCCUAUGUCAUGUACACAACAGUGGACUCCAAUGGCUACCUGAAAAAUGCCUCAGCCGGUCAGUUGAGUCAGUCGGCUCACUUCUCCCUCCAGCUGCCCUACACUGUGCUGGGCCUCGGACGCAGUGCCAACUUCCUUGACCACCUAUUCGUCGGCAUCCCCCGGAAGCCUGGAGAGACGGACAUAAGGAAGCAGGAGUGGACGGCCAUCAUUCCCAACUCUCAGCUCAUCGUCAUCCCCUUCCCACACAAUAAGCCCCGCAGUUGGAGCGCUAAGUUGUACCUGACUCCUAGCAAUAGCGUGUUGCUGACGGCCAUCGCGCUGAUCGGAGUGUGCGUCUUCAUCCUCGUCAUUAUUGGGAUCCUCCACUGGCAAGAGAAGAAAGCAGACGACCGAGAGAAGAGGCAGGAAGCCCACCGUUUCCAUUUCGACGCCAUGUGAUAGAAGAGGCUUGCAUCAUGGGAGAACAUCUUCUCCUGUCCUCCUCCGCCCACCCUUUUACCCCCCUCCCCUCUUAACACACAUACUUUCACUCAGACUCAUUUCAAGGGCCAAUAAACGGAUCCUCAUUUGCCCCAAAAUGUUUCUUUUUGAUAUUCUUCAGUCCUCCAGUCAGAUGUGAAAUAUUUAUGUUCCAUUUCAUUAAUUCAUUCCAGUGUUAGAAGUACAGGAGCUGCAACAAGGCCAUGGAGACACAGAGAGAAAUCCUAAUGGAGAUCAAGUUUAAAGCAGGGAUUUCAUUGGACUGGCUGUAGUCGGCAGUAUGAUCAUCAGUGGUGUUAUUAGACUAUUAGUUUGACAAAAUGACAGAUUACUGUUGAAACGGCCAACAAAUUACUCCAAUAUUGUAAGCUGUAUGUUGAAUAACUGGAAGGGAAGCACCUUUGACACUAAGUGUGUAGUGUUACUUGAAAUCCAUGUCUGCAUUACUGUAUUGUCUUUUUAUUCACUUCUGUCUUUUGCAUUUGACUGGGAUAUUGUAAAGACCUCCUUCAGAUUUUAUUACCUGUGAAAUUAAACUCAGAUGUAUUCUGUGAUAUCAGUCUCAGCCUUGCAACUGCAGCAGCAACUGGUGCAAAGUGAACAAAAACGGACACAAUAAUUCUGUGGAACAUUUUUCUGCUACCAAUCUCCCCAAAAAAUGAUGAAUGGCCUUCAGGUCUGCUGAGUGCAAAUUAAUCUUUUCCUCGGUGUAUCGUUUCACAGUGCAUCAUGGCAGUGCCAAAAAGAAAGUUUCUAUGUUGCAUCCUGCUAAUGCUACUGCUUAAAGGCUCAGCAGAUAGACACUGCUGCUGAAUGAGGCCCACUUUACUCCAGCUUCUUCACAGAUACAGUUUUAAUUUCUGUCGUCUUUUUGUAAAAUGAUCAGGCCAAGCGCUCGGGUGUGUUCAGAUAUUUAUUUUACAAGAAGGAGCUCAUGCCUUUCUAGGUGUUUUGCACUUUUUAACUAAUGAUUAACUGCGGGUGUAUGUAAUUUAUUUUGUUUUGUGGAUUUGAUUUUGCAAAUGAAUGUCAAAGCUACUAAAUGUGUUUACUUACUGAGGUUAAGAAUAAAGGUUUCUCUGGCUUAAAUCAA